AUCGUUUGCACCCACCGGAAGUUGCAUGUGAAGGAAAAAUCUCUCAAAAUGUUCAAAAAGUUUGAUGAGAGAGAAAUGGUAUCUGGGGUUAACAAUCCCAAAUCAUCAGUACAGAAAGGUAUCAGAAAUUCAAUAUUAGAAAACUAUCCAGCAAUAGAAACAUAUCUAGAUACCAUUAUACCAAAGAAAGGAGAUUUAAAAAUUGUCAAAUGUCAUGAACAUAUAGAAAUUUUAGCCAACUCAAAGGGAGAGCCUGUAUUCUUCAGACAUAGAGAUGGUCCAUACAUGCCUACACUCAGGUUAUUACAUAAAUACCCCUUCAUAUUACCACAGAUGCAGGUAGACAAAGGGGCAAUACGUUUUGUAUUAAGUGGAGCUAAUAUUAUGUGUCCAGGAUUGACGUCGCCUGGUGCCAAGAUGUCAAAUUUAGAAGAGGGACAAGUAGCAACUAUUGUGGCAGAAGGCAAAGAACAUGCAUUAGCUGUUGGGAAAUUAGUUAUGUCAACACAAGAAAUAUUAGACAAGAAUAAAGGCAUAGGUGUUGAAAAUAUACAUUACUUAAAUGAUGGAUUAUGGAACAUGAAAAAUGUUAAAUAAAAGUU